CCCGCCCCUAUUGUUCCGCCCCCGGCCUCCCGCCCUUCCCCUUCCCGCCCGCUCCCCUUUUCCCCUCAGUCGUCUCGCGCCUGCAGUUUUUUGGCUUUCACCCUCACCAGUGACCAAAGACUUGACCACUCAAAGUCCCGCUCCCUAUAACACUGCUCGACAUGGACACCGGUGUGAUUGAAGGUGGAUUAAAUGUCACGCUCACCAUCCGGCUACUUAUGCAUGGAAAGGAAGUUGGCAGUAUCAUCGGAAAGAAAGGAGAAUCAGUUAAGAAGAUGCGAGAGGAGAGUGGUGCACGUAUCAACAUCUCAGAAGGGAAUUGUCCUGAGAGAAUUAUCACUUUGGCUGGACCCACUAAUGCCAUCUUUAAAGCCUUUGCUAUGAUCAUUGACAAACUGGAAGAGGAUAUCAGCAGCUCUAUGACCAAUAGCACAGCUGCCAGUAGACCCCCAGUCACUCUAAGGCUGGUGGUCCCUGCUAGUCAGUGUGGCUCUCUCAUUGGAAAAGGUGGUUGCAAGAUCAAGGAAAUCCGAGAGAGUACAGGGGCCCAGGUCCAGGUGGCAGGGGAUAUGCUCCCUAACUCAACUGAGCGGGCCAUCACCAUUGCUGGCAUUCCGCAAUCCAUCAUUGAGUGUGUCAAACAGAUCUGCGUGGUCAUGUUGGAGACUCUCUCCCAGUCCCCCCCGAAGGGCGUGACCAUCCCGUACCGGCCCAAGCCGUCAAGCUCUCCAGUCAUCUUUGCAGGUGGUCAGUUGACCAAGCUGCACCAGUUGGCAAUGCAACAGUCUCAUUUUCCCAUGACACAUGGCAACACCGGAUUCAGUGCAGGUUUGGAUGCAUCUGCUCAGACUACUUCUCAUGAACUCACCAUUCCAAACGAUUUGAUUGGCUGCAUAAUUGGGCGUCAAGGCGCUAAAAUCAAUGAGAUCCGUCAGAUGUCUGGGGCGCAGAUCAAAAUUGCGAACCCAGUGGAAGGAUCUACUGACAGGCAGGUUACCAUCACUGGAUCUGCUGCCAGCAUUAGUCUGGCUCAAUAUCUAAUCAAUGUCAGUUUAGAAAACGCUAAACCCUCCUCCCAGGCAGCCUCCGUCACGAUCCCUGAUCACCUCAGCAUCAACCUCUCUCAACCCUCCACCCCUUCUUCUUCUUCUUCCUCCUCCACCACCACCCCCUCGCUCGCCACAGCGGGGACCUCCGACGCACCCUCCAGCCUCCCCAACCCUCUUCCGACCGCCCCUUGUGUCUCCAGUCUGCUUGGCAUGAAACCCAUCCCUCUCCUGGCUCUAAAUGUUGUGUCUGCUGCUAAGGGUACCGGGGCUUCAGCUGCCACCACCACCACCUCUGCCGUGCCAUGUGUAACUAACAAACUGAAAGGCGAGAAACAGAGAUUCUCCCCCUACUGAGUGCAUAUCUUGAGGCACCUCCUAAAGUGUUUAUUGGCUCAUUUUGUUUUCCUUUGUUAAUAUUGGUGAGAACCAAACUAUUGUGAGCUUGUUACCGUCUUACUACUUUGGGGGAUAACUGGGUGUGGGGGGGAACCAGGGGUAAAGGUAAUCCUUGUUUAGGUUUAGGCCAUUUCAGCAGAGUGCCUGUUUCAGAGUCUGACAUGUUGAAAUCUUUAUCUAGAGCCACAGUUCUUACUCUUUCUCAUUCUGUUACCUUUUUUUGUAGCUUUAUUCUGCCUUGCUAUAUAAUACUGUGUUAGGCUCUGUGUUAAUGAAUAAAAGCUUCUCCAUUAACCUUUUUUUUUUUUUUUUAAUUAUUUAAUGGUUAAGCUAUCAGCAGGCCUUAUUGGCCAGAUUUGUGUUUCUAGCGAUAAUAAAGUUGCCACAGUAAGAACCUUAGUUCACCAUGCGUGUGCUGUGACGGGUAAAAGGGUGGGCAUUUGUGAUGUGUGGCUAGUCAACUUGAAAGUGUGUACAACUGAAUUGGGCUUUACUGUAUCCAGGUUAAUUUUUUUAUAAUUCUUUGUCAGUAUUCCCACAAAAAGAGAAGGGCCUUUGGCAAUUUAGAUACUAAGGUUCCUUCAGAAUUGGCAAGAAGCUUCAGCAGACAGUUUCUUAGAUUCCUUACCUUGCCAGCAGCAUCAGGUAACAGGGGUGUCCAUCCCAGGGUGUUUGCUCUGGUGAAUGGCUACUGUGAGGCUCUCUCCUAAGACAUACAUACAAAGAACUUACUUCUUUUACCCAGAAUGGUGGGUAAGUGGGUAAGUCAAAGUUAGGCAACUUCUGUCUACACUCCUCUUAUCAAACAGGAAGUUUUUGAACACCAACCUGUGACAUUACCCAGAACUUGACAGAAUAUUUAGUGGUUACCCUAAGUUAAGUCUUGAUCAGUCAGGCAAAGUUCUUUUACCUUUCUGUUUCCUGUGUACCUUCUCACAGACAUUGUCAUGAAUAGGAAAUUAUAUGCUUUUGAAAGAACCUUAGGGAUUCACUAGCCAUCAGACCUGUUCUUAGCAAGAAAAAAAUUAAAAAUAAAUUAGAUUGUGUAAGUGACUGACCAGAACUAAUAGUUUCUUUUUCUUUCUUUCUGUCUUUUUUUCUUUUUGGUAGUAGUUUGGGUUUGAACUUAGGCUUGCUUCAUGCUUGCUAGAUAGGCACUCGACUACUUGAGCUGUGCCUCCAGCCCCAGGACUAAUAACUUUUGCUUCAUUCAGUGUAAUUGCCUCUGUGAUUAUUCAUUCCCCUCCUCCCCUCAAUUAUUCAUUUUCUUUUUUGGUGUUGGGACUUGAACCUAGUACGUGCAUAAUGUGCUCUACCACUAAGCUACACUUCCAGAUGCUUUUGUACACUUUUAUUUCUUUUGGUGGUAUUGGCAUUUGAACUUUGGGCCUGAUGCUUGCUAGGCAGGCGCUCUACCACUUGAGCUAUUCCUCCAGCCCAGUUGUUCACUUUUUUAUCUCAAGAUGGAAACAUGUCUGUUACCAUAAAAGAAUAGAGAUGAUGGGCUGGGGGAGUCAGCUUAGGCAGUGAUAGAGCAUUUGUGAGGCUCCAGGUUUGAGCCCCAAGACGGUGGAAAAACAGUAAUAAAAUUAGAAUUCUCUAGAUCUUAUGGCAGAAGACCUCUUACUUUUUUCCAUUCAACCAGAAUCUUUUCUUUUUUGGGUGGUACUGUGUCUUGAACUCAGGGCCUACAUCUUGAGCCACUCCACCAGCCUUUUUUUUUUGUAAUGGGUUUUUCAAGAUGGGGGUCUCUGAAACUUUGCCAGGGCUGGCUUCAAAUCACAAUCCUCCUGGAUCUCUGGGAUUACAGACAUGAACCACCAAUGCCCGGCUUCUUUCUUUUGGUAAGGGUGAUAGAACCCAGGGAAUCACACCACUUGAAUGCUCUACCACUUGAACUUCAGCCUCCACCUCCUCUUGGGGAUUAUAUUUUAUUUUUGAGUCUUUGCCCUGGCUGGCAUCAAACUCAAGAUUCUCCAGCCUCUCUCCUGAGCUGCUGGGAAUUAAUACCUGGCACCACCAUACCUGACUUCAACCAAAGUACAUUAUACAGAAACUACUUCCCCAGGCAGUAAAGACCUCAGUUUCUCUGAUCUAAAUACUAACCAGAGAUUUGUUUUAUGAUCUUUUCCUACAUCUCCUUUUGGUGAUGGUAGUGUUUCUCCAUCCCAUACUGGGUUUAUUGAAUUAGUGUUAAUAUACUCCUCCAAGUGUGCAUGAAGUAUUGGAAGAACAAAUUUCUACUUUAUUGUCCAGAUAGCAGUUUACAUGUGUUCCAGCUCCCCUUUGGGUAAACUUCAUGUAUUUACCAUGCUUGCUGGGCACCGUUGGCUCAUGCUUGUAAUUCUAACUACUCAAUAGGAUCACAAUUUGAAGCCAGCCCUAGUAAAUGGUUCAUGUGACCUUAUAUCGAAAAAAACCUAUCACAAAAAAGAGCUGGUGGAGUGGCUUAAGGUGUAGUCCCAGUGUUCAAAGCCCAGUACUGCCUCAAAAAUCCCCCAGGGUCUUGGUCUUUUAGUUUAUCCUAAUUGUUGAUUGGAAGGCAUCUUAACCUAAUGAAUAUUCCCUAAAGAGAAGGAUUGCUGGGAAGAAAUCUAGAUUUUCGAGGGCUAUCAACCUUCUGCUAAGUUCUAGGUAUGAGGUGUUACAUUUUUUUUUUAAACUUGGAGCUCCCCCCAAUGUGUUCCUUCUGUCCUGAGCACUGAAUGUAUUUCUGGUUUGAUUACCUCCCUUCUAUACACACACACACAGUUUGUGUACUGGACAGUUUUUUUUAAGAAUUCUGAGAGUUCUGGAAGUUUUUGAGCUUUCUAGAUAGAGUGCUGUGAUCUUGUAUGAUUUGCUUUUUCCUUUAGAUCAUUGAUAAAACAUGUAGCCAAUAGUUCCUUCCUUAAAACUUUGGUUCCCAACUAAUUCAAAGCUUUUGUUUGCCU